UUAUGGGGAGGAUUACCCACCAUGCCCCGCGGGUAAAGAUGGCGACAGCUCAGCUUGCUAACUUUCUCUGAGUGAUUUUUGACGGUCGCUCGAAGCUAGCGGCUCUUCCUCCUCCCCCCGCCCUGAUUCGCCACCACUUCUGCGGCCGAGUAUCGGCGCUCGCCCCCCCUUCGGGUCGCUCCGGGACGUACAGUGCCGUGCUGAAGAACGCAGCUCCGGCGAAACUUUCCUCUCCGCUUGGCCGACCGGCGGGCCAAAUCAAGCACAACACCGGCCUGCCUGCCGACAACUCUGACGCCGAGGAAAGGACCCAGGCCCAGGAUGACCAGCGCGCCGCCAUCCAGGAAGCCGUACCGCAAAGCUCCGCCGCAGCAUCGUGAAGUGCGGCAUGCCGCCGCACCUAUGCCUACGCUGGCCCCUCAGACACAAGCGCCAGAUGGCAGCCAGGCUCGGUCCGAAAGCGACUCCGUGUCCGGACUGUCCAGCUUGGAAUUUGCCAUCGACGACCCGCCGAGAGAGUAUUUCCGCGCCCGCUGGUGCCAAGACUGCCGCCGGGGUGUCGUCGCGAAGCGACAGGACCACAGAAGAGCUGCCGUCGCCCCCAAGGGCAUAUUGAAGAAAGCGGAAUGCCCAGCCGUGGCACGCACCUGCCACAUCAUCAGGAAGUCCACGUCGGCGGAGCUGUUGGACGCUGGCGCAAAGUGGGGCGCCCGCUAUCUGCCCACACCCUCUCUGGACAGGAAGCAGUCUGUGCGCAGUUCCUCCGGCUCGUUCUUGCCACGCUUGGCGUGGAGGAUGCGGCUCCUGGAAGAGAAGGUCCGCUUUUCCACCUUUCUGGAUGAAAUCACCUGUCGCGUCAUAACCCCGGCCCACCUCACACAGCUCGGCAGGAAGGCUUCUCGUCAAAGGACUGGCCCCCGCCUUGGCGGGAAGUGCUUGCCCGACGGCGCAUGCGCCGAGCGCAUGCGGCGUUGGGACACGUGGUCGGCAGCGCUCAAACGCGCCGAGAGGGCAGGGCAUGUAAAGUCCAAGGUAAAUCAAGGAGACACAGGUGGACGUCCACGAGCAAAACAGGAUGUUGUCUCACAUGUGAAGGAUCUUUUGUCGGACUCGGACCGGAUCAGAAUCCUUCAGCAGCAGAAUGAGGACCUCUGCCGAAGCCUGUCUCUCUCCGCCCACAAGCUGGAGUCUGCAGAGGCGGAGUUUGAUGGGAGUCGCCAUUACAUGGAGGCGGAGCUAAGCCGCAGCAGAGACGACCUUGACAAGAUGAGUGACAAGUUUCGCCGACUGCAGAACAGCUACACGGCGUCUCAGAGGGCCAAUCAGGACUUGGAAGAGAAGCUUCAUGCUUUGCUGCGGACGCUGGAGCGAGACAAGAAGACGAUGGAUGGCGAGAUGGUGGAGCUCACCAACAAGCUGUUAGAGGCCAAGAACACCAUCGACCGUCUAGAGGAGCUCAACGAACGUUACCGGCUGGACUGCAACCUUGCCGUGCAGCUGCUCAAAUGCAACAAGUCACAUUUCAGGAACCACAAGUUUGCUGAUCUGCCGUGCGAACUUCAGGACAUGUUGAAGAAACACAUGAAGAGCAGCAGCCUGCCCGAGCCGAGCCUCGGCCCCUGCGGCCAGGACCCGGACACGUUGAGUCUCACACCGUCCGAUGUGGUUCCCACUUCGGUGAUCGCUCGCGUCCUGGAAAAACCCGAACCGCUGCUCCUCAACUCGGCGCAGUCCAGCAGCCGCGGCUGGCCGACCGCUGAGGACGUCUUUGUGCACGUGGACAUGACGGCGGAAGGACCAGGCACCGAAAACGACACUGUGCUCGACGGUUCGUGCCAAAGCGUGCUGGACGCGGGCCAGGAGGCAGGUGCCGCACCCUCUUUCGACAAGCUGAAUCCGUACCCACCGCCACCCAACCCGCUUAACCCCGGGCGGAAGGUCAUCGAGUUCUCCUCAGAUGACAAGGUGAAGAUUCCCAAGAACAGUCCGCUUCCCAACUGCACGUACGCCACGCGCCAGGCCAUCUCACUCAGCCUGCACAGCGAGCAGCCUUUGGUGCCCCCCAGCCCCGCACCCUCGCGCAGCGAACCGCAGCAUCACGGCGCCAUCGCUGCCGACACGCCCUCCAGCCAGUCCAGCCCCUUCAGCAGCCCGCCACAGGCGCCGAGCGUGGGGGCCAGCUCUGCCAGUUCUUCCGAGGACCUUCUGGCCAACUGGCAACGGAUGUUUGUGGACAAGAUGGCACCCUCAGCAAUGGUGGGCGGGGGCUCCUCCAGGGUGGCGUACUCGGAUGGCGAGGAAGGCUCCACUGCAAGCCACGCCUCCAGCCUCGACACGGACACUGAUGUUGAGCCCCGUUCCUACACCAGGGGUCCGUACGGCGGCGGCCAGCGACUCCUCAUAAAUACGGACCAAGACGGAGUGGCCCUGGGCGCCCAACGGGAUCAGGAUAAUGAUGCCGAGGAGCCGAACAGCCUAGUACGCGACUUGUCCGUCAUUUCACCGCGGCUCUUGGACUUUGAGCCCGCCUUUGCGGCAGCUGUGCUUCCGCGACCUCACCGGAGCCCCAAAAGGAUGGGGGUGCAUCACCUACACAGACAACAACAGUAACACACAAGACCAUGAGGGCACACCCAUACAAGCAGGAAACAGCCAUACUCAUCGUCUGCGUGCGUGCGGAAGAAAAGCAAAACGCAAUCGUCUCGGUGCCUCAGUAUCGUGUGUGAAGGAACGUUCCCUUCCUUCUUCUGUGUCAGCCGUUGAAGCCAAAACGAUGCCAACGAACACGUGUUCCAAAGGAGACCCAAACAUGGUGGCGACGUAGACGCUAGUCCACCGACGGCAAGUUAGUGCUGAUUGUUUUUUUGCACAUGGUUGUCGGCUAACACGUUUUGUUUUGCUUGUUGCUUUUGUGAAGCCGCUGAAUGUGACUAAGCGUUGGCUCGGACCAGAUGUCUGUCUGAAAAGAAGAGCUUAGUUGCUAUGCAGGUGGGUCUUAAUUGGGGCUGCCAAGAAUUUGGGCCCUGUCUAAGUUGAUUGCAACGUUUUUACGACUUGAAUGACUCCGCAACUCGUCCUCUGCUUUGCUUUCAUCCCUGUGGCAGUUUGUUUUCCUUGAAUUUAUUGUUGACCCUUUCUCUUCAGCCAUGAUGAGGAUGAUGAAAGGCUGUGCUCAUUCUAUUUAACUUGAGAAGGAAAAAUCUCUUUUGCGCUUGCCUGGUGGUUUUCGGGUGACGCGAGAAGGGCCUUUCACUUUGGUUUGUAUGCUCGGCACGCUCAGUGUUCAGUCGGACAAAGCGCUAGCCGCUCGGACCACUGCCAACUGGUGCAGUCUGUGACCUUUGACCCCAAUCAAGUACCUGAAGGUUCCAUGAACUCUAAUGUUGAGUUGUAAAUUGAUGGAAAUUCUCAAACUAAUUCAAAUAAAGGUCUAACUGACAACAAUUA